GCUUAUAAAAAGAGCAAAACGAUCUUAUCGUGAAUCUAGUAACACUCGAAAUGCAGUUCAUGAAAGCUAUCUUCCUGCUCAGCUGUCUCCUGAUUGUGGGGCAUACUCAUGUCAAUGCAGCUGGCUUCGAUGUGUUCAAACUAUUGGACUGCGGUGAAAUUGCAAUCGAGGCUGGCGGCAAGGUAGCUGUGAAUCUCGUGCCCUUACUAAAAGACUUGGGAAAGUGCGCAGAUUUCAAUCCCGAUUUGAAUGCCGAUCUCGAUAUCAAGGGCUUCCUCGAGGUUGUGAAACAGUUUGUUAAAAAAGCAACUGCCAACCCAAAGUGUUUGCAGACACUGCUGGAUGCAGUUAAGGGCCAGGUCCAACCGUAUGUGACACAAAUCAAAGAGGCGCAAUGCCUCCCCUAGACACAUUCACGUUCUAAUCAGAUUCAAUAAAGUGCCUCCAAUUUUUCACAA